GAGAAUUGGACAUGAACAUGAAUGUAAUUCCACACUUAUCUUCAAAUUCAAUGGCAAACUUUAUUCAAAUGAACCUCAUCUACAAUACCACCAGUUACCACCUAUAUAAACACAAUUAUAAGUCCAAAUACAAACCACCCUUCUCCUCUUAACAACUCCAUCAAAAUUUUCAAAAAAAGCAUGGCCAACCGUGAAGUCGAGAUCACCAUCACGUCCGCCAAGGAUCUGAAGAACGUCAACUGGCGCCACGGCCGUCUCAAGCCAUAUGCGGUCGUGUGGAUUGACCGUAACAACAAGUCAUCCACACGAGUGGAUGAAGAGUCUGAUACCUUCCCUUAUUGGGACCAAACCUUGACCAUUCCUCUAAAUGCUCCUAUUGAUGACUCCACUCUAUACAUCGAUAUUGUCCAUGCUGGCGCCUCUGAUGACACCAAGCCUCUUAUAGGCUCAGCUCGUCUUAAUCUUCGGGACGUUGGAUUUGAUCAGCAUGCCACACGCACGCUCGAUCUUAAGAGACCCUCGGGCCGCCCCCAGGGCAAGCUCGAGGUUAAAGUCUCUGUUCGAGAUCGUCGCUAUAAUGCCCCUGACCCGUACUAUGCCCCAACUUACGGGUCAGGCGCCUUGUCAAGAGACUACACUUCGCCACCUGGACCUUACGGAGGUCAGUACGGUCAACCCCAGUCUGGCUAUGGGCAGCAGUAUGGUCAACCCCAGCCUGGCUAUGGGCAGCCCUACAGUCAGCCCCAGCCAGGAUAUGGGCAGCCCCAACCUGGAUACGGGCAGUCCCAGCCAGGAUAUGGGCAGCCCCAGCCUGGAUACGGGCAGCCUCAACCUGGAUAUGGGCAGCCUCAGCCUGGAUAUGGGCAGCCUGGGAAUUAUAGUGGGCAAUUACCCGUGCAAGAAACAAAAAAGGGAAGUAAGUUUGGAGGGAUUGGGACAGGGCUGGCUGUGGGUGCGGUUGCAGGGGUGUUAGGAGGAUUGGCGCUGGCAGAGGGAGCGGAUUAUAUGGAGAAUAAGAUUGCAGAUAAAGUGGCGGAGAAGGUGGAGGAAGACAACUAUGAUGAUGAUGAUGGCGAUGAUGAUAGCGGAAAUGGUGGUGAUGAUUGGUAGAGAUCAUGAAAAAGAAACAGGGAAAUUGCUAGGGCGUGUGAUUUUCCUUGUUCCAUUAAUAAAUUAACGUCUAUGUAAUUCUCAUUUUGUUUUUUCCUGAAAAUCGAUGAAGAUGAAGGAUCGUUUAGGGUUAAACGACAUAGCCAACUGAGAUAAGGACGACGAAUUCUCUGCAUGUUUAUGUUCUUCAUUAUCUUCUAAGAAUUAUAAAAUUAGCCUUUUUUAA